AUGGCAUACGCCAGGUGUAUCGUGAGUCAUGAGACAACCUUACCAUCAACACUGGCUCUCCAAUUCUCACAUACCAAAUACGCCAAACUGUACUCCAUGUCCUUGAAUAAGAGAAUUCAAGACACAGAUAGUUGCACCUUCAUCUACGACCAAAACAAGGCUGUCAAGAUGAUCUUUACCAUCUCGUGGACCAACGAAGGCGAUGACUUCAUCUUCCAAAAUGAGCCGGACGCCAAAUUUUGGGAGCGAGUUGUUCGCCUAUGCAGAACCGUAUUGCCUCUGCAGAAGUGCAUCAUAACAGAGCUAGAGGGAACAGUGUUUAGAGAGAUGCUUGAAAUUUCUGACCAAGAUUGGUCGGAAACUUGGCGUGCUGCGGUUCUUGCGCCCAUGCCAGAGAAUACUCCUCAGAACCAACCUCAUGUGAGUACCACUACCGUUGUACAGGAGGGGGCUAGGAUAAGGAGGAGUGUCGCUCGAUUUGGCUCUCGGUUUGGCAUACGAGUCCGAUUUCCGAGGUUUUCGAGGAAGAAGAAGAAGAAGGGACAGAAUGAAGAGGUGGCAAAUGAAGCUACUCCUGCUGCUUGA